AAGCAUGGCGAUUUUCUUGGCUUUCCGUGCAAGCGAAAAAUCAACCCAAAGCUGGGGAGUUGUAGGAGGCAGACAAAUCAAGAAACGUGGAAAAGUCCCCAGCUAAAAGUUCACUUAUCGGCUUAUCGUGCUGCAGCGCCGCGGGGCAGGCAGACCAUCCCGGAUUUUUUGUCCCAGGGAGGAGGGAGCUUAGCAUCCAGCUCGCACACCGCAAUCCGGCCUGCUCUUGGACAUAUUUUUGCCAGUAAAGCACCCAUUCCAAAGCAAGUUACCAUGGGCAAGGGUGUCAUCAAGAAGAACAGGACACCGUCUGUCCACUCGCGAGCAGCUCGGCGGGCCACGGACCUCGACAUUGACACCGACAAGUCUCUAAAGGAGGUUCGCCCCCCCUCAGAGUCCGUCGACCACCGGCCGUCCAUCCUCGCAAUCCACCAGAAUGCCGGCGUAACAAAGAAGGCCAAGAAGGGCCGUAACCUGAGCUCCAAGGCGCGCAAGAGGCAGGAGAAGAGCAUGGAUCGCGCCGCGGCCAUCAUGGAGAGGACGGAGCACAAGGUGGUCCAGAGCAAGAACCGUGGCCGUACAGUCGAGACGCGCAGAAAGACCUGGGACGACAUCAACAAAUCCAUUCCGGACUUUGCGAACUCGGCGAUGCCCGGGGACGAGGACGAGUGGGAGAGUGACGACAGCUCGGAGGAGGCCGGCCAGAAGAAGAGCGGUGCGGCCAAACCCGGUGCCACGGCGGUUUCCUCUACUGAGGCGUCAAAAGUGCCAUUGCCUGCGGAAAUGGAGGACAUCGAUGACAAUAUCCUGUGAGACACGGGUGUGCACCUGGGGAAAAUAGACAUGAGGGGCUUUGCUCUGGGAUUUAUAUGGCGUUGGGCGUUCUGAGACUAGCAUGGCGGUCAGCCACGAAAAGAUACCACCUAUCGUACCCCUUGGGAGA